AACCUCAAAAUCCAUGCCUCUAAGUAGCAACCUUGCAGGGGCUAUAUGGUUGCCACGUGGCAGAAAUCAAUCUUCAUUGUGUGGAUAUUAAGGAUUCUACAACUAAUCAAAAGGAUAUGAAUUUCGGUACACUCAAUUGCACACUUACUAUAAGUCCUUCCUAUUAUCAUUUCUGUUAGCCGCAAAAGGCUUGCUUGCACUACCUCUCCUUCUCUGCACCUCAGAGUACACAACACAACCAUGGCUGCCUCAGUCUCCACUGUUGGAGCUGUCAACGGAGCCCCAUUGAGGUUGAACAGCUCUGGAGCUGGAGCUUCAAUUCCCAGUUCAGCCUUCUUUGGAAGCAGCUUGAAGAAGGUUAUUGCCUCAAGGUUCCCAAACACAAAGAUUUCCUCUGGAAGUUUCAAAAUUGUUGCUGCAGAGAAAGAGAUUGAAGAGACCCAGCAAACUGAUCAGGACAGGUGGAAGGGUCUUGCCUAUGAUGUUUCAGAUGAUCAACAAGACAUCACAAGGGGAAAGGGUAUGGUUGAUUCACUUUUCCAAGCUUCAAUGGAUAGUGGAACUCACUAUGCAAUCAUGAACUCUUAUGAGUACCUUAGCGCUGGACUUAAACAGUACAACUUGGACAACAACAUGGACGGUCUUUACAUUGCUCCUGCUUUUAUGGACAAGCUUGUUGUUCACAUCACCAAGAACUUCAUGACCCUGCCAAACAUCAAGGUUCCUCUCAUUCUUGGUAUUUGGGGAGGCAAAGGUCAAGGAAAAUCUUUCCAAUGUGAGCUUGUCUUUGCCAAGAUGGGAAUCAGCCCCAUAAUGAUGAGUGCUGGAGAGCUUGAAAGUGGAAAUGCUGGAGAGCCAGCAAAAUUGAUCAGGCAAAGGUACCGUGAAGCUGCUGAUAUAAUUAAGAAGGGAAAGAUGUGUUGUCUCUUCAUCAAUGAUCUUGAUGCUGGUGCUGGUCGUCUUGGUGGAACCACCCAAUACACUGUCAACAACCAAAUGGUGAAUGCCACCCUCAUGAAUAUUGCUGAUAACCCCACAAAUGUUCAGCUCCCUGGUAUGUACAACAAGGAAGAGAACCCUCGUGUGCCCAUCAUUGUCACUGGUAAUGAUUUCUCAACACUAUAUGCUCCUCUUAUCCGUGAUGGACGUAUGGAGAAGUUCUACUGGGCACCUACAAGGGAAGACCGCAUUGGUGUCUGCAAGGGAAUUUUCCGCACUGACAAUGUACCUGAUGAUGACAUUGUCAAGCUUGUUGACACCUUCCCUGGCCAAUCCAUUGAUUUCUUUGGUGCACUCCGGGCUAGAGUAUAUGAUGAUGAAGUGAGGAAGUGGAUUUCUGGUGUUGGUGUUGCAAUGGUUGGGAAGAAGCUUGUGAACUCAAAGGAAGGACCUCCAACCUUUGACCAACCCUGGAUGAGUUUGGAUAAGCUCUUGGGGUAUGGUAACAUGCUUGUGCAAGAGCAAGAGAAUGUGAAGAGGGUCCAAUUGGCAGACAAGUACUUGAGCGAGGCUGCUCUUGGUGAUGCUAACGAAGAUGCCAUUAACAGAGGAACUUUCUAUGGCAAAGCAGCUCAGCAAGUAAAUAUUCCCGUUCCUGAAGGGUGCACUGAUCGAAAUGCUUCCAACUUUGACCCAACUGCUAGAAGUGACGAUGGAACCUGCUUAUACACAUCUUAAGAACCUAAGCAUUCUCAACCUGAGGAGAAGCUGAGACUUGAGAUAAUCGAAAAAUGUAUCUUGUUCAUAUUGGAUUGUUAUCCUUUAUAAUUUUGAGUUACAUUAUUGAGUAUGUUGUGCAAUGUUAAAUGUUGGCGCCUUUCUAUUCCUACUUGUGCA